CAAACAUAAUUAGAUUACAAAAUCAAAUAGUCAAACAAGAAACAUUAAUGUAUCCGUAUUUUUCUCUCUAUAAGCAAGACUAGACAUCAAUGGAAAACAACCAACCACACAUAAUUAAGCAAAACAAUUGAGAAUCAAAGUUGUGAAAUGGCAGAAGUGAAAUUGCUUGGUUCAAGAUAUAGCCCUUAUAGUCAUAGGGUUGAAUGGGCUCUAAAGAUUAAGGGAGUGAAAUAUGAAUAUAUAGAAGAAGAUUUAAAAAAUAAAAGCCCUCUACUUCUUCAAUCUAAUCCAAUUUACAAGAAAAUCCCAGUGCUCAUUCACAAUGGCAAGUCCAUAUGUGAGUCGGUGGUCAUUCUUGAAUACAUUGAUGAGACAUUUGAAGGCCCUUCCAUCUUGCCUAAAGAUCCUUAUGAGAGAGCUAUGGCGCGUUUCUGGGCUAAAUUCCUAGAAGCUAAGGGGCCAGCAAUGAGGAAUUGUUUCUUCCUCAGAGGAGAGGAGCAAGAGAAGGCUAAAGAGGAAGCUUACGAGAUGUUGAAAGUUCUUGAUAAUGAGUUUAAGGACAAGAAGUUCUUUGUGGCUGACAAAUUUGGAUUUGCUGAUAUUAUUGCAAAUGGUGCGGCACUUUAUCUGGGAGUUCUUGAAGAAGUAUCUGGAAUUGUUUUGGUGACGAGUGAAAAGUUUCCCAAUUUUUUUGCUUGGAGAGAUGAAUAUUGCACCCAAAACAAAGAAUAUUUACCUCCAAGAAAAGAAUUGCUUGUCCGUUACAAAGCCUACAUUCAGCCUGCUUUAAAAUGAAUUGUUUGUCCGUUAUCGCUUGUUAAUUUCAAGAUUUUGUGUGGCAAUAAAAUUUAGAGAUUGAAUUUGGGGUAUGUAUGAAAAAAUAUGCAUGUUAUGAGAUUUAUUUUUAUUUCAUUAGUCAA